AUGGCUGCAGCACCUCGUGAAGGUAUAGCAUGGUUCUUGAAAGAAAGUCUUAAAAGCCCAGGCUACGAUGGCGAGAAGCCAGAAGACUUCUAUUCGUGGAUGCUCCUCGAAGUCGUUUACAACGCGACAGAAGACGAAGCAUGGGCUUUGCCCCCGCCAUUAGCAUACCCCAAUCACCCAAGAACGGGACAACAGGUCUUUGCGGGAAGCAUGACCAGCACCGGCUACGGCCGCUAUGAAUUUAUGACCGCAAUGUACGGCCCUAGCGCCGAAGACAUCAAGCGCACAUAUCGCCUCAAAUGCAAUAUCAGUCGCGGUCAGCUGUGGCGUCAAACAGGCUCUGCCGCAGUUUGCUACGUCGCUGUUCCCCGACCAACUAAAGAGGAACGCUUCUUCUGGGUUGAUCUGACAUACCCUAUCAGGGCAAUCUACAUUCCCUGUGCUUUUAAUGCUCAUCCUCAGUACAAGAGCCAUGCAAUUUUCUCGCGUCUAGAUGUCCGUGGUCGCAAGGGAAUGCCACAAUCAUAUGUUCUCAAGAAUCAUCUCUGGACUUCGAUCUCCCGAGUUCAGAAAGCUAUGAAUGACUGGAACAAUGUAAGGAAUCACAACUGGGCUUGGGGUAAAGAGAUGAAUAGACUCAUUGCAAUAAACAAUAAGUUAUGGGCUCUAGCCAAAGAAGCCGGAUCCGAAGGCCCUUUUAUACAGGAGCCUGGACUAACACCUGGCUAUGUUAAGGCUGAUGGAAAAGCACCAAGUCCGGUUUUUGCUAAGGUCAGCUAUGCCAAAGACACAGUGGCAGAUGACACAACUGGCUUGGGGAUGCGGCCUCAAUGGACACUUCGAAUUGAUGUUUUCAAGUUUGCAUGCCAGCUUUUGGUUCCAUACAAAGAUCGUACCGAAGGGUACAAGGACUUAUAUGCUUGUUUUGCCUUGUUCGACAGGAGUUGUGUCCAUGGAUCAAGAGUUAUCGCCGAUAUUGACAUGGCUCAGUCCAUCGAUUGGGCCAAAGCACAAGGGAAAGAAGCCGGCCUUAAGAUAGAAUAUGUGACGGAAGAGCCAGAUGAAAAGUUUAUCAAAGAUCUCUUUGUUGGCUUUAUCGCCGUGGGACUGGGAUUCAUCCCCGUCAUCGGACCUCUUGUGGCGUUUGGCUUCACUGUCACGUAUGAGCUAUUGGAAAAUUCGGAAAAGUUCACAAAAGCAGCAGGGGUUGGAGGCAAAGCACCGGCUUUUACACAGGCGUGUGUUGAUUCUCGUGAGGGAUUGAAACCUAUAGUCAAGGCGGGUCUCAAGGCUGUAUUCAAGGGACAUUUGCAAGCGGCUCCUACAAAAAGCAUUCAAGUCGAUACUGGCGAAGAGAAAGUCGAGAAUAGUGAUGAGAAAGUCAAAGAUGGCGAUGAACAAGAUACAUUGCAUCUUGUCAUUGAAGCUGGAGAAGCAGAAGUGCUUCAAGCUCGUGGAAAUUUUGUUGCUUAG